CAACCGAAUUUUCCACAAGUGUCGGCACUACAAGCGACGGGGGGAAAGUCCGAAUACCGACGGGUCCGUUGUCCGCCGCAUAGGUAUACUCCCCUACGUGAACACUGGGAACAAAUUUUGACGCCCCUCGUGGAAUAUCUGAAAUUACAGGUUCGCUUCAAUACCAAAUCGCGAUCUGUCGAAAUGAAAACGUCCCCGCACACCGUGGACACGGGAGCUCUGCAAAAGGGUGCCGACUUUGUGUCGGCAUUUAUGAUGGGUUUCGAAGUCCAGGACGCCGUCGCACUGUUGCGUCUUGACGACCUGUUUGUGGAAAGUUUCCAGGUCACGGACGUGAAACUGCUCCGGGGUGACCACCUAUCCCGUGCCAUUGGUCGGAUUGCCGGUCAGGACGGUAAGACCCGCUUCGCGAUCGAGAACGCUACCCGCACCCGUAUCGUCGUCGCUGACCAACGAGUGCAUCUGCUGGGAUCAUACGCUAAUCUACGAGUAGCACGGAACGCUAUUUGCGAUCUGAUUUUGGGAGCGCCACCCGGGAAAGUUUACAAUUCGAUGCGCAACGUGGCCAAGCGUAUGAGCGAGCGGUAUUAA